UGCUUUUGGUAAAGUACGGGAUUUAUUUUACGCAUCUUUCAGGACUUUCCGGUGGCGCGGGAAAUGAACAGAGUCUUGGCUGCGUGCAGCUGCAGGACCCCGCUUUGUUCACUGCCGAGCUGCUCCACGGCGCCUUUCUGUGUCUCUGUUCGUGCAGGAAGCGUUUCAAAAGAAAGAUGCCCUUCACCCGCUCAAAGAAACUGGCAGUCCAUCCACCUCCAUCCACCAGGAUGAGUCUGAGGAGCUUUCGGAGCGUCCCGCUGGUUCCCAUGGAGACCUCUUCCUCUGACGACAGCUGCGAUAGCUUUGGCUCCGAUGGAGGCUUUGCAAAUACGAGGAGCAGCUUAAGACAGACGAGGAGGAUGGCAGAGAAACCAAAGGUGUUUGAGGCUACAUCAGAGGAGGAUACAUGCAGCGGGUUUGAGGAGAACGUGAUCAACAGGCAAAUGAAAUCCAUGAAAGUCGACUCUGAACCUCUGAGACGUGGCCGCAGGUCCAGCGUCCUGAAGGUUGCCAUGACGUUCCCCACCAGGAAGCAGGGCAAGAAGAGGCCUGCGUCCGAACCACUCCCUCAGCCUAAAGUACGGGACUCCGACUCUGAGGAGGAGGAGAACUUCAUGGACAAGAGAGCCCUAAAUAUUAAGGAGAACAAAGAAAUGCUUGCAAAGCUCAUGGCAGAGCUGAACAAAGUACCUGGACUCUUCCCGAGACGGAUGGCGAUGUCGGCGUCCUCUAUGCCCCGACAGGCAGCCCGGCGGUCCAUGGGAACCCCAGGGGCUUGCAGGAGAAACCCAGAGCGUUUGUCUCGACCCCACACACGAUCCCGCACGCUGGUGGACGGACCCCCAAGUCCGACUCCAGAGGAGGAACCUGAGGAUAAGUUCAGCCUGGUUCGCAAAAGCCACUACUAUGAGGAAGAUGAUGAGCCACCCCGUCGCCGUUCCUGCAAUGGUACCAAGGCCAUCCCUCAUGUGGUGCGGCCUGUGGAGGACAUCACAGAGGCAGAGCUAGAGAGCAUCUGCCAGAACGUGCGGGAGAAAGUCUACAACAGCUCCAGCGGAUCCACUUGCCACCAGUGCCGCCAGAAAACAAUCGACACCAAAACUAACUGCCGUAAUCCCGAGUGUGUGGGGGUGAGAGGUCAGUUCUGCGGGCCCUGUCUCCGUAACCGCUAUGGAGAGGAGGUCCGAGACGCUCUGCUGAAUCCGGAGUGGCAGUGCCCGCCGUGCAGAGGGAUCUGUAACUGUAGCUUCUGUCGCGCUCGACAAGGUCGCUGUGCUACGGGAGUGUUGGUUUACCUGGCUAAAUACCACGGCUUUGAUAAUGUGCACGCCUACCUGAAAAGCUUGAAAAAGGAGCUAGAAGAGAGUAGCAAAUGAAGUGUGGAGGAAGAAGCCGCUCCUGGACCCGACUGACAUUCUCUCUGACCAUUUUGACAUUCGCACAGUUCAACUAUUGUUCAUAGUGUUUCAAGCAUUAUAACACAAUACUUAUUGUUCCUGAUUGUGAAAUUUCACAUAGUUUUGAACAUUGACUGACAUCUGGAGGAGGCACACAGUCACUUCUCUCCAGCAAAAAGCUUUCAGUAUUGUUAUUUUUUUUUAUUUUUUUGUUCUCCCACUUAUUUCCUGCCUGUUCUCAAGAGCUGAGCUGUUUUAAAUUAAGACAGGUUCAUUGUGAUCUAAGGUGACUCGUCCAAACAGCCCUCUGUGAUCGUAAAUAUUUUAUGAUAAUUGCCUUGUUCUUUGAUGUAUAUAUUCCCUAUUCCGACCAUGUGUUUUUUUUUUUUUUUUUUCUCUUUUUUUCUUGAAAUAGCUUAAUCAUCCUACCUGCUGCAAAUUUCAGGCUUGUUUGAAUCAUCUACUGUAUUUUACAUUGUUUUAAAUGUAUAGAUUUUACACAGCCUACAUGGACAUGAGUUAGCCUCCAGGGGAUCCAUCUUUGUGCCUUUUUUGCAAUUUUAUGCUUGUGUUUUUACAAGUCGUUUUACACUUUUGUAAAGUGUACAUGUGCAGGGGGAAAAAAAAAAAAGGUUGGCUUUGCUUGGGAUGUCCUGUAGAAGUGGCCCAAUGAUCUGCAUGCUACUGAGGUGGUGCAGGUGGAAAGUGUAUAGACUGGGGUCCACUGCCUCUUACUUCUAAACUGCGAGGAACUGUGUGAUAUACUACAGUGCCUGGUUAAAUAUCCUUCAUUAGAUAACUGUCACUAAUGGUGUGGAAACAAUUAGCACACUCUAAUGGGAAUCUCAUACCUGUAAAUCAUUUUAUCCUUUUAAAGCACAUUCUCGCUCUGCUUCAGUUUCUUUGGCUCAUUUUCUGCCUUACGCUGUUAAGUAGGAAUGGUUGAAGGUGCCACUGAAGUGGCAAUAGAGUUAUGGCCUGCAUUUUCAGUUCAGAAGUGAUAUACUCUACACGAAAUGACAUGGAAUUAACCUUUGUGUCGUUCGUCUUUAAAAUGUACUUCAUUUCACCUGCAGCAGGACAUACUCUGAUUGUACGACACUGUUUUAAAAAUAAUCAACGGUUGAGAUUUGUUCUUUACUGUAAUUACAGGUGAAGGUUGUCUUACUGCUGCUUGUGUUUAUGAGGCACUGCACCCGUAACAGGAAGAGUGAUGCUGAAGUGUUGAUGGGAAUAUCCGUUAUGUUGAUGCUUGCUUCGUGCUUAUUUGCGUUAACUGUAAAUUUUCAUUAAAGCGUU